AUGUUACACCACAAAAUACUGCAACACGUAUCGCUGAUGAUGCACCUAAGCAGGUAGUACCUCGUCGUAGUGGGAGGGUUGUCCGGCAGCCCGGACGGUUCAUGGGUGUGGAAAAGUCUUCUGAGGCCGUCCCGGACAUUCUUGAAUCCAACCCAUGGACUUACAAUGAGGCACUCCAAGAUCGGGACGCAGAUUCUUGGCAAAAGGCGAUGAAAUUUGAAAUAGGGUCAAUGGACUCUAAUAAG